AUGGGACCUCUUUCUUAUAUUGCUGGAUAUGUUGUUAGGAAAUUAACGAGUGCAAGAAAGAAAAAGACUGAAUCAGAGAACAAUGAACUCCAAGGAUUACUUAGGAGCCUGCAGUCGGAGCAAGAAAAUAACAGCUUCAUACAAGCUCCAAACAGAGGCGGUCUUGUCAACCCAUCAGAUGACCUCAUAGGAAUUUUGCAAGAGGCAGAAAUAAACUUUCGUAGAGAAGUUAACAAAUCAAAGGAAGUCUUCAGAAAUAUCCCAGUGGAUGUUAUUUGUUAUAAGGCAUUAGCACGCCCAUUGUAA